CGCGGGGUGAUGAGUAUCACCCCUUGGACGCCGAGUACUCACCAUUCGGGCGAUGAGUAUCCACCACUCGGGCGAUGAGUGUCCACCACUCGGGCGCUGAGUGUCCACCACUCGAGCGCCGAGUAUAUAGGUCUUCGUCCCCCGAUCUGGUGGCUCGUUCUUGCGUUGCUCGCCUUCGAGUUGGGGUAUAGCUCGGUAGACACCGCUAGCUCAGUAGACACCUCGUACUGCGAUGUUACUAGCUAUGAAUUGCAAUGAAAGCUCUUACAAUCCU